UUUAGAGAGGAGGGAUGUAUUGAAACAGACUACUGCUACUUACAGCACCGUUCAGCAGCCUUGCUUUUUCGCGGCACUGCCUUACUCUGCCCCGCAAGCUCUGGAGUGGGGACGGUCUGUCCGUAACUCAGCUGAUUCCCAGCAAGAAACUGCACAUUCUCUCACCACCACUUCAAAGGUCUCGGCAGGCAGAGGUGACGCCAGGAGAUGAUUUAAAGGUGAAAAUGACAAGGUUUCCACCGCUGAAACCCUGGCUCCUUUUCUGACAAUACAGUCUGAAUGAACCUGAUGUCUUCUUUACUGUGGAAAUAGGACCGCAAGAAGAAAACAGAUAUUUAAAUCCUGAUAAAGAAGAUUGUUGGGAAUCUGCUUUUUUUCUUUCUUUCUUUCUUUUGUAAAUCUCAAAUGGUGACACAGAUGGAUUUUAAAAAGUGUUAGAGCUUUCCAAUGAACACUAAUAGAGUACUCUUCUCUUGGCUGGAUUUUUCAGAGGAUGGCCAUGGUGUCGGCGAUGUCGUGGGUCCUGUACUUGUGGAUAAGUGCUUGUGCACUGCUGCUCUGCCAGGGGUCUCUCCAGCACACGUUCCAGCAGCACCACCUGCACAGACCAGGAGGGACAUGCGAGGUGAUAGCAGCACACAGAUGUUGUAACAAGAACCGCAUUGAGGAGCGGUCGCAAACGGUGAAGUGUUCCUGUCUCCCUGGGAAAGUGGCAGGAACCACAAGAAACCGACCUUCCUGUGUGGAUGCCUCCAUUGUGAUUGGGAAAUGGUGGUGUGAGAUGGAGCCUUGUCUAGAGGGAGAAGAAUGUAAGACACUCCCUGACAAUUCUGGAUGGAUGUGCGCGACAGGCAACAAAAUUAAGACCACACGAAUCCAUCCAAGAACCUAACAGAAGCUUUUGUGAUAAUAAAGGAAAAUCAUUCCUGUGGAAAACACAUUUUGAGAAUUCCAAACAUCUUACACAUUUACAAACCAAAUGGAUUGCUUCUGUGCACUUUGACUGGUUACCAGAUAAUCAUAGUGCAUUUACUGUGUGUAAUGAAAUACCCCAUAGUGAGAAGACUCGGAGUUUUUGGCAACAACAUUGAAAGUGGAUUUUUAAAAAGGGUUUUCUCAGUGAAAAUUGUGGGUAUCAUGAAGGAUCAACUGUCUUCUAAUUUGGAUCUACAGUUACUUUGUACCAUUUGAAAUAUAUGUAUAUAUAAUAUUUUGAAAUAUUAUAUAUUCUCUUCAAGAAAUGAACAGUACCACUGUUUGAGACGGCUGGUGUUAUCUAUUUAAGUUUCAGAUGUCUUGUCUAUUUUGUUUUGUUUUGGUUUUUGUCAUUUUUCUUUCUAUCAGCAAGGAAGAUAUGUGCCCUUUUGAGAAUUCAAUGUGGUAAUGCCACUGGAAGGCCAGCUACAGGUGGACUCCUGGAAUUUGAGGCAUCAUAAAGAUACUGAAUCAAGAGCUUCCUUCUGUUUCUCCCAGAUGGCCCAAGGAAGCACAUCGUCCUGUUUUAUUGCUUUCUACCCUGUGCGAUAUUAGCAUGCAAGCUUGGCUUACAUAACCAUACUUUAUAUUCAAUUGAUAUAUGAUAACCAUUCUAACCUCUUCCAGGAAAAUAUUUUUAGAACUACUAGCUUUUUCACAGAUAAGAAAAUGAGGAUUCUAGAGGGAACUGCUCCACCAUGCUAUUAAGACUCUGGCAGAGCUGUGGUAGGAAGUAGAUCCCUGUAUCAAUAAGUCAUGUAAAUACAAUGUCUUAAGGCUUUGUAUAGCUGUCUUAGACUGCAGAAAUGUUCUCUAACUAAAUCCAAAGUCUGGCAUCGUUAACUACAUAGUGCUGUAGCAACAAGUCUUAUCAUGGCAUCUCUUUCUAUGUUUGAUUUGCUUUUUCCUAGAGAACUCAGCUCUCUUCUGGUGAGAUAGGAAGCCUAUGAAAGCAAUUAGGUUCCAGAAUGAUCUAUGUGACCCAAUGUUGGACAGCCCUAUUAAAGUGGUAAAUAACUUCUUUCUAAA